AUGGGGAUGAUCAUAGGCUUACUUGAAAUCUUCAUAACCCUCAUUUUUGUCCUUGUCUUACACUGUUUCUUGCUCCACAAGAAGACUAAAAAGCCUUUGCUCACGAACUGGCCGGUCCUCGGGAUGCUUCCGGGUCUGAUCCUCCAAAUCCAUCGUAUCUACGACGGGACCACCGAGGUUCUUGAGGCGGCCAAUAUGACGUUUUGUUUUAAAGGGCCAUGGCUUACUGGAACGGACAUAUUGGCGACGGUUGAUCCGGCGAAUAUCCACUACAUUAUGAAUUCAAAUUUCGACAAUUACCCCAAAGGGAAGGAGUUUAAGAAGAUCUUUGAAGUCUUGGGAGAUGGGAUUUUCAACGUUGACUCGGGUUUGUGGGAGGAUAUGAGGAAAUCGUCUCAUGCCAUUUUCAACCAUCAAGAUUUCCAAAGGUUUGCGGUGAGUACAAGCGUGAGCAAACUAAGGCAAGGGCUUGUUCCUAUUCUUGAAAACGCUGUUGAGAAAAACAGCCUCGUCGACUUGCAAGAUUUGUUCCAGAGAUUCUUGUUCGACACAUCUUCCAUUUUGAUGACCGGGCAUGAUCCAAAAUGUCUCUCCGUCGAAAUGCCUAAGGUUGACUUCGGUGACGCGGUGGACGGUAUCACAGACGCGAUUUUCUAUAGACAUGCCAAGCCGAUGUUCUUGUGGAAGCUCCAAUAUUGGAUUGGUGUAGGAGUAGAGAAGAAGAUGAGAAGAGCUCUCGCGGUUUUCGAUCAGGAGCUAGGGAAGCUCAUAUCGGCUAAAAGAGAGGAGAUCAAAAGUCAUGGGACUCUCCAUGGCUCAAAAGGAGAGUUCAUGGACGUUUUAACAUAUUACAUGACCGUGGACACGACCAAAUACAAGCACUUGAAACCGAGCAGCGAUAAAUUUAUCAGAGACGCUACGUUGGGAUUCUUGAUAGCGGGAAGGGACACAACAAGCUCAGCUCUCACUUGGUUCUUCUGGCUUCUCUCCAAGAACCCUGAAGCAGUGAACAAGAUCCGACAAGAGAUUGAUGAGAAGAUGCCAAAGUAUGAUCCCAAAGAUUUAGACAAGCUCGUGUAUCUACAAGGUGCCAUGUGUGAGGCGCUAAGGCUGUACCCACCAGUCCCAUUUAACCACAAGUCACCAGAAAAACCAGACGUGCUUCCAAGUGGGCAUAGAGUCGAUGAGAACUGGAAGAUAGUCAUCCCUACUUAUGCAUUGGGAAGGAUGAGAUCUGUCUGGGGAGAUGAUGCAGAAAGUUUUAGACCGGACCGAUGGAUUUCCGACAGUGGAAGGUUAAGACAUGAGCCUUCGAAUAAGUUCUUCGCAUUUGGCUCUGGUCCAAGAACUUGCUUGGGAAUGCAUUUAGCUUUCUUGCAGAUGAAGAUAGUGGCUGUGGAAAUCAUACAAAACUAUGACAUCAAGGUCGUGGAAGGGCACAAAACCGAUCCAGUUCCGUCUGUUCUUCUUCGCAUGCAACAUGGUCUCAAAGUUAGUGUUACUAAGAUCUAG